AUGAAGCUUACCGGAGACAACUGUAAAAUGAGUCCUGAGCUGGUAGAAAUGCCUUGCAGCAAGAGCUGUGGAGCUCAGUCUGCUCAGCUCUGCAGAGUGUGUCGAGACUUUGCUGUACUGGAAGAUCAUACCUUGGCCCAUAACUUACAGGAGCAAGAGAUUGAGCAUCACUUGGCAACAAAUGUUCAGCGUAAUCGUCUGGUACAACAUGACUUGCAGGUGGCCAAGCAACUGCAAGAGGAGGAGGAUCUGAAAGCACGUGCUCAAAUCCAGAAACACCGAAAAGACUUAGAACGACAGGACUGCGAGAUCGCUCAGGAAAUCCAAGUGAAGCUGGUAUUUGAAGCAGAGCAGCGCCGCAGGCAAGAGGAAAAAGACGAGGACAUUGCUCGUCUCCUACAACAGAAAGAACUGCAGGAAGAAAAGAAGCGCAAGAAGCACUACCCAGAAUCCCACGGACACACAGUCUAUGAAGAUAGCUAUUAUGCAGAAAAUGGAGGCACUAAGCUGAGGGGGACGAAUCAAGCCAUGUAUGAUACACCCCGAAGGGAACAGGAGUUGUCUGAUGCAGAGAUUGCUCGGAAGCUGCAGGAGGAAGAGCUCCUGGCUAACGAGGCAGAUCAAAAGGCAGCUCAAGUAGCCCAAGAUGAGGAAAUUGCCCGACUCUUGAUGGCUGAGGAGAAAAAGGCUUUCAAGAAAGGGAAGGAGAGAGAAAAGUCUUCCUUUGAAAAGAGGAGGCAUGAUCAAGACUGGAAGCAUGAUGCAAGCGAGUCCACACGCUCAAGGUCAAAAGAAGGGCCUGAAACUCAGCGACACAAAGGCGACAGGUCUUCAAGGUCACAGCCUCUCCUUGAUGACUUUGAACACGCUCGAUAUUACACAAGCCAGCCCAGCCCCUUGCGCCAGACCCCCAGACCUGAGCACUCUCCUAAAGGUUCCCGUAGGAAGCAGUAAACUGUGCUAGCCUUUGCUUUGGUACUGACUCUUCUGUAGCAAACAUUACUGGAUUUGCCAGGCAACUUUCUCGAUUCUUUACCCAAUGGGAGGUACACCCUCCACUCCCAGGAUCUCCUCUUUAGGUGUCAUCAUAUUAAUAAGGAACGCUUGUUCGUUUCAGUUUCUUACUCCUGUGCAAUCACUUAAGCAGUGCAGUAUAAUCUAGCCGCCACUGAGCUGUGUGAAUCCACUAGCUGAUUUAACAGCUCGCUCUUAGAUUGUUUUGAGUCUUUCCUCUUUUAUUUUUAAGCUUUGGCUGGGACCUUUGACAAAUAGGCAUGCACAUACAACAGGGAGGAAAAUCCAAGAAAUAAGUUGGAUUAUGGCAAUGCAGCAGAACAUCAGAAGUACAAGUCCUUUCCAUGUUAGGACGACUUAGCAAAGAGAGUUACAAGAGGAAAUGU